AUGUGAGGAUGGGGCACACUUUCCUCUGUGUGCUUGAAUGUUUUUUGCUGAAUAUCCUUCUCCACUGUGGACAUUCUCAAGAUUCUCUGCUGAUCAUUGAGCCAAACUGGUCCCCUUUAUUUACUGGAGAGUCUGUGACCUUCAUAUGUGACAUGAGGGAAGGAAAAGACACUGACUGGUAUUACGGAAUGAACAAGGAUGGUCGAGAAUUUCUCCACAACAACACAAAUAAGAACUACACAUUACAACCACUAGAUACAGGCCACAGUGGUGAAUACCAGUGCUUUGGUCAUCACAAGGUCUCAACAUAUUUGAUAAAGGAAAGUAACAAUGUCUCUCUAACUGUAUCAGCACGCAGACCAAAGGCUGAACUGAGCAAAAAGAAAACAGUCAGUCCAGCAGGGGGCAGUGUGACCCUGAGCUGCUCUGUGAACCCGUCAUCUGGUUGGAAAUACUUCUGGUACAGAGGAGUGAAAACCUCUGAACCCCUGAACACACAAGAUGCUGUCUUCAUCUCAAAUGGACAAAUCAGUGUCUCACAGGGAGGACUCUACUGGUGCAGAGGAGGAAGGGGAGACCCAGUUUACUACACAGAGCACAGUAAUGCAAUCGUCACAAACAGGGCUGUUGUGACUCUGCAACCAAACUGGUCUGAGAUAUACUCAGGAGAGACGAUCAGUCUGAGAUGUGAGAUCAAGGACGGAGGAGACACUGAGUGGGAGUACGAAUGGAAAACAUCCAGCUCAUACAAACCUCAAAAACAGCAUGAAUACAUCAUCGGAAAUGCUUCAUCACAUAACGGAGAGUACAGUUGUAGAGGCAAACCAAAAAGUGAGAAGUCUUCAACAGAGUGGAGUGAUGCUUUCACAUUGAAACUAUCUGACAAGCCCCAGCCUGUCCUCACUGUGUCUCCAUCCUGGCUGAGUCCUGGAGCCUCAGUAACUCUGAGCUGUAGUGUUAAAGAUCCAUCUGCAGGAUGGAGGUUCUUCUGGUAUAAGGCUGUUCCCAAACUAUCAGGCAGCUCCUACAGCUAUAAGCUGCUACCUGGCAGCAGCAACGGGACUGAACAGGAUUCCUACAUCGUUCAUGGACAGACACACACAGCAGGAUAUAAGUGCAGAGCUGAAAGAGGAGAUCCAGUGUAUUACACUGACGAGAGCAAACCAAAAUUUGUCUGGUCUGCAGAUUUCCAUCCAGCAGCGUCUCUCACAGUGAGUCCUGACAGAGUGCAGCACUUCACUGAAGAGUCCGUGUCACUGAGCUGUGAAGGAAACUCUACUAAGUGGAGAGUGAGGAGGUUUUCUAAUUUUGGCCACCUGACACACUGUUCUUCCUGGGGGACAAUGACUGGAUCCACAUGCAACACCAAUAAAUCACAGUACAUUGAUGGAGUGGUCUGGUGUGAGUCUGAAACAGGACAGUUCAGCAAUGCAGUCAACAUCACUGGGCAGAACAGUGAUUUGAUCCUGGUGAGCCCUGUCCAUCCUGUGGCUGAGGGAGAUUCUGUUACACUCGGCUGCAAGUUGAAGACAGAAAACGUUCUUUCUAAUGUAAAUUUCUAUAAAAAUGAUAAACUCAUCCAAAGUGAUACCAGAGGGGAGCUGACUAUUCCUGCAGUAUCAAAGUCAGAUGAAGGCUUUUAUAAAUGUCAAGGAAAAUAUUCACCACAUCAGGGGAGUCGAUCAUCACCAAAGAGCUGGAUCUCAGUAAAAUCAGCGUCCAGAUCAGCAUUUCCUGUGCUGUUGAUCGUUGGGCUGGUUGUUGGUAUCUUACUGAUUGUUCCCUUGGCUCUGCUGUUGUGUGUGUACAAACAGUCAAAGGAUACAUGUUUUCACAGGCUCAUCCAGUCUCAGAGAACCAAUCAGAGCUCUGCUACAGUCCACACUGUCAACCAAUAUGAAAGUCUGCAGCAAGUAUACUCCACUCUUCACCAUGGUGAUGUUUGUGUCUAUGAAACAAUCAGUGGCUCUGGAAACACUGGAAGUGGUGAAGGAGUAGAUGAAUACAUAAAUGUCAGUUCUGAGAUUCAGCUCGAAGGUCUUGGAAAUAUGAGUCCAUAAAGAGAAAUGCAUUAUCAAGAAAUGAGACAAGCAAAGACAACAACAUGAAAAACGUGAAAAAAUUUCAAAAUGUGUUGACUGCAAUUAUACAGCUGAUGCCAUGCAAACAUCAUUUAACAUGAGAUCAUAUGAAAGAACUACAAUUCUAAUAUGUUGGAUUUAAUUCCCUGUUGAAUUUGUUUCUGUAUAUAUACUGAUGUAUGUUUUUAUUGCAAUUAUUUAGUUAUUCUGUAGGUGUGAUGGCAUAGGUCUAUAUAUGUGUCUUUUCAUGUCAGCAUGGAGUUCAGCAGGGUGGUUUGUUGUCUCCAGUCUUUUUAAACUUCCAGUUAAAUGUUUGUAACUGAAGUAGCAUUUUUGGUAAUGUCAUUAAUUUUUGUUUUAUUUUGUCCCUGCAGUUCUGGGCUUCAUCACUGAGUAUAUUCACCAUACUGUGUGUGCACUGCACUCAUCUCUGCAGCUCAAUUCAUCUGCUGUUAGAGACAUAAUCUAUCUAGAUGAGUAGCCUAUAUGUUGGGACAAAUUGACACAAUAUUUUGACACAAGAGAAAAAAUUAUUUGAUGUAUUAUAGUUAUUAUUAUUUUUAAGAAGCCAUGAUAAUUAAGAAUUUGUUGUAGACAGCUUUACACAAAGUUUAUGAAGUUUCUCCCAACUCACAAAACUGAAAAAAAAUUAAGGGAAUUUGGAGUAUA